AUGUCAAGACUGCAAGUCGUCAGAACGUCAGUCAGGGAAGAUGUCAUUGCCGGAAAGUAUCUCAAUGCUUUCCUGGACAUACUUCAUUUUCAAAGCACUAAUAUCUGGACCACAGAUAUACUUAACAAAAUCAUGGCGUAUUUCCACUCUCGGAAUAUUGUAAUUACUUAUAACAGCCUACAGGGGUCUUUAAGGAAUUACUUGGAGAGUCUCUUAUACCACCCCAAAGUGUUGCUAUCAGAGUUCCGUCAGAUGGAUCGUCGGCAUUUUCAAACGGCAAUGAAAUAUCUCUUUGAAAGCAAGCAGGUCCAUUUGGAAUUGGGAAAUAUUGUCCUUGAUCUAGCUGGGAUAAGAGAGAAGAUUUUCCAGAGUCCUGGAGGAAACAGGACCUUGUUCCUUAUUACACUGGAAAGGUGCUUUCUGAUUCUGAACUCCAUGGAAUGCGUGGAUAUAUUAAGCCAAGUCUUGCGAGUUUCUUCCAUGACUUACCUCCAGCUCCACACCAUAGCAAGCCUCCCACAGGAUCUUCAGGGAGAUGCGUUUCGGAACCUGUCAACGGUAUUCAAAGACCUCUAUGACAGAAUAACAGCAAACGCACAACGAGCUCUUUAUGAAUGGAUGACACAGAUCCUGCAAAAAUCCUAUAAUGCCAGCGAGAAUUCUACUUCGUGGGUCAGUGCAGAAAACCUGGGGAUUUUGGGAAGGUACGUGGUUCACCUCCCACUAGAAGAAAUCAGGAAAAUUAACUCUAAUGAAAUGAGGCUGUUCAUCAGUUACGACAACGCAACCAAGCAGCUAGAUACCGUGUAUGACAUCACACCGGGCCUUGCGCAGGCCUUCUUGGAAAGAAUCAACGCCUCAGGAUUUGACAUGAGAAACACAUCAACUCUCUAUAGGUUAGGUUUGCUUGUUUGUUUUUAUGACAACCUAGAGCAGAUGGACGCCACUGUGGCCCGUGUUUUACUUCACCAGAUGAUUAAAUGUAACCAGCUGCAAGGCUUUCAAGCAGGAAUCCAAAAGCUCAAAUCUCAGCUUCUCGAUGUUGCCACGGAAAACCAGACCUUGAAUGACACCCUCGGGUUGCUCUCGGACGCGGUUGUGGGGCUGACAUCCAGUCAGCUGGAAUCUCUCUCGCCUGAGGCUGUUCACAACGCAAUUUCAACGUUAAACCAAGUCUCCGGAUGGGCCAAGAGUCAACUGGUGAUUUUAGCCAGCAAAUACCUUGCAUAUGAAAAGGCAUUAUCAUUUCAUAACAUCAGUCAAAUGGGUGCUUUGGUGAUGGGGAUCGCUGCUGAGUCUUUCCACAGCAUGAGCUCCAAAGAGCUCUCCCAGGUGAUCAGAGGCACGCUGGCUCAACACGCAUCUGAUCUGUCACCGGCACAACAACAAGGGAUCCUCCGGAAGAUGGUUGCAUCCGCAGAACUGUCAUCGGUGAUCGCUGACAUCCAAGGAGCCUUUUUCAAAGAAGUUUCUCUUUUCGAUUUAUGGAAGGAAGAAGGCUUCAACUCUUCACUGGUGAAAGACAAAGAAUUAAAGCCCAGUCAGGCCUUGUUUCUCUAUGAAUUAUUGUCAAGGAAGACUCCUCCUUCUGACCUAUUAAGCAUUGCCCAGUUGGUGAAAGGAGUAACCUGUCGGCAGAUUGAAAGUAUGGGCACCAUCUCAUUUCUAAAUGUUUUCAAAGUUUUUGAAAAGAAUCUACGUUUACUUUCACCGUACCAGAUCAAUUGUUUGGCAUGGAAAUUUUGGCUCAUCUCCAACGUAUCCAUUCCUCCUUAUCUCUUAUCUGUUCUCCCUGCUGAAUACCUGGAAUCUCUUACGGGAUCUCUCUGUAUCCCUUUUGUGAACAGCCUGGGGAAAGCCUUUGUUUCGACAGCAAUUUGUGACCCGAUAAAAUACACCUCAUCCGUGUCAUCGUUAUUUCAGAAUGGUUCCCUGGUUGACGAAUACGACAUCGACUUUCUGGGAAAUCUCAUCUGCCAUUUACCGCCAGCGUUCAUUUGUGAUGGAAUCUCACUGGAAACUAUGACGACAGCUCUUCACCAGUUCAGGCACUGCCAGCAUCUUAAUCAUGAGCAAAAGAUGGAAAUUAAACACAGACUGAUUGAGAUAUACGGCUCCCCCAGCAAUUGGACGGCUGAGACAACGCAGGACAGCGGGCCUUUCGUAGGCCUUUUGCCCAAAGAGGAAUUAAACAUCCUCGUCGAAAAGUUUCCAGAUAUCAUCAUACAGAUAACAUCAAAGAUGACCGGGCCAGUUCCUCCUACUGAGGACCUCCUGUUGGUUCAAUUUGAAUCUGUUCGUAACUCAGUCAGAGCUCCGUAUCAGUCGCCUGAUUGUACAGACGUCCGAGAGCCUUCCUCUGAUGAGAUUGUCAGGUUAUCAGAAGCCAAUAUGUUUUGGUCCGUUCAGGAACUGGGCUGCAUGAAUUCCGACACUUUCGCCAAGACGGUGGAACUCCUUGGCUCUGUCCGUGGUUUCCAGGCUUCUCAGCUGACCGUGCUGAAAGAGAAAGCUAAGCAGGCCUGGGGGCUGUUGCCCAGCUGGAGCACUUAUCACCUCGUCUCCCUCGGGCGAAUCGCCACGGCGCUCAACGAGACUGAAAUCAGAGAGCUGAAUUUGAGUUCUGUCGAUACGGUUGCUGCACUUAGUCAGCAAACGGAGUGGAACCCUCUGCAGGCAAAAUCCAUUUUACAGGGUUUUCUGGACGACUCGGGGCAAGCGAUGGACACUCUGAAAAGCUUUGAGUUGGCUGGUUUAGGUGCCACUCUUUGUACUUUGAACUCCACAGAGAUUGCAGCCAUCAAACCAGUGGAAUUUGGUGCGGUUGUGGCCAGGAUUGGCUCUUUCCCAUGCAGCAUGAGUGUUCUGAAGGAAUUCAAAAAGAAGGCUGAGUCCGUAUUUGGAGACGCUGCCAGGUGGAACAGAGCUGUCUUACAAGAGAUUGGUACCAUUGCAGCUGGUUUAAAUGAGGGAGAAUUAAAAGCUCUUGAUAAAGAAUUGAUGCCUUACUUCCAGCCGGCGGCAAUAAAAUGCAUCCCCGAUGAAAUGUUCAAAGAACUCUCCCCAGAACAAAUAGCAAACCUGGGUCCGGAAAACGCAGCCAUGGUUACAGAGUCCCAGCGCCAGUGGCUCAGUGAUCCGCAGCUCCAGAGCCUGCAUCUGGCCCUAGACGGAGCCCGAGUGAGCAUCUACGAGGCUCCCCUUGGGGAAAGCACGGCCAGACCCACCUACACACCAGUUCUGAGCGGUUCACCCUUCUCCCACAGCUUCAGUUUCUUGGUGUGCACCCUCUUCACCCUCUGUGCUGCUUCCUGAAUCUGCUG